GAAACAUUAACCAAGUGCCAGAAAUUCUGACCCAGGAGGCCUGGAAAGAGACAACCAUUAGGUUGUGGAGGUGUGUCUCGUCCAACUCGUUUCUUCUUGGCCCUUGGAACCUAAGGUAGACCUGGAGUAGACUUGGCCUCCUGCUGCGGAUCCAUGGCUCACCGGCUUCAGAUACGGCUGCUGACAUGGGACGUGAAGGACACACUGCUCAAGCUUCACCACUCCAUGGGAGAGGAAUAUGCCUCCACAGCCCAGGCCCAUGGGCUGGAGGCAGAGGCCCCAGUCCUGGAGCAAGCCUUCAGGCAGGUGUUCAGGGCUCAAAGCCGCAACGUCCCCAACUAUGGCCUGAGCCAUGGCCUCACCACCCGCCAGUGGUGGCAGGAUGUGGUCCUGCAGACCUUCCACCUGGCGGGUGUUCGGGAUGCCCAGGCUGUGGCCCCCAUCGCUGACCAGCUGUACAAAAGCUUCAUCAGCCCCGGCACCUGGCAGUUGUUGGAGGGAGCUCAGGACACCCUGCAGGAGUGCCGAAAACGAGGUCUGAGGCAGGCAGUGAUCUCUAACUUUGACCACCGGCUAGAGGAAGUCCUGGUGGGUCUUGGGCUGCGGGAACAUUUCGACUUUGUGCUGACCUCUGAGGCUAGUGGCUGGUGCAAGCCAGACCCUCGCAUUUUCCACAAGGCCUUGCAGCUAGCUCAUGUAGAACCGGCAGUGGUAGCCCAUAUUGGGGACAGUUACCACCAUGAUUAUAAGGGGGCACGGGCUGUAGGCAUGCACAGCUUUCUAGUGGUUGGUCCAGGGCCUUUGGACCCUGUGGUCAAAGAUUCUGUACCCCAAGAACAUAUUCUCCCCUCACUGCCCCAUCUCCUACCUGCCCUUGACCGCCUGGAGGCCUCGCUCACAGGGCUGUGAGUCUGGUGAGGGAAGUGGCUGGGCCCAACAAACACUGCAGACAGGGAGCCCUUUCCUUCCCAAGAUCUGGCCUUUACCCCUCCCUGCAGCCUCCGUGAUGCCUUCUGACUAUAGAGCAGAGUGUGAGGCUUUCAGCCCUGCCCCACUAACCAGUCCUGGUCUGAGACGGUUCAUUCAUCACGCCUGGGUCCCCUUCGCACAAUCCCCUCACCUCCAACAAGGUUCACUAAGGGCCCAACUAGCUUCCAAACCAGGUACUUUGAAACUUUGCUUUACCAGCAGGGCUUUUGAUCUUAUGUGGAACCCCAAUAUGCAAAAUAGGAGAAAAGGAGAGACUGCUAGGGUUGAAGCAGAGGUUCUGGGGCCCCUCAUUCAGGCCCUGAAGCCUCUGUAACUCUCCCCUCACCCCACAAAGCUUGAGGUCAGAGUUGAGUUG